AUGGCGCUGCCGCUGCUCCCGCGCACGGUCGGCCUGAUGCGGCUGCUGCUGGUGGUCGGCUGCUUCCUGGCGCUGGUCCCGCCCGCGGUCGAGCCCGUCUGCCCGGAGCCGUGCGACUGCCAGCAGCAGCAGCACGUUCUGUGCACCAACCGGGGGCUGCGGGCAGUGCCCAAGGCCGCCGAGCCGCAGGACAUCCUCACCUACAGCCUGGGCGGCAACUUCAUCGCCAACAUCUCCGCCUUCGACUUCCACCGCUUGGUGGCGCUGCAGCGCCUGGACUUGCAGUACAACCGGAUCCGCACGCUGCACCCGAAGUCGUUCGAACGCCUGGGCCGCCUCGAGGAGCUCUACCUGGGCAACAACCUUUUGGCCGCCUUGGCGCCGGGCACCCUCCGCCCGCUGGCCAAGCUGCGGAUCCUCUACGUCAACGCCAAUGAGAUCAGUUACCUGACCGCAGCCUCCUUUGCCGGCCUGGGCAGCCUGGUCAAGCUGCGGCUGGACGGCAAUGCCUUGGGCGCACUGGGCGAUGCCACCUUCUCAGGGUUGACCAACUUGCUGUAUUUGCACCUGGAAGCCAACCGCAUCCGCUGGCUGAGCCGCAACGCUUUUGCUGGGCUGGGCAAACUGCGCUUCCUUGACUUGUCCGGGAAUCAGCAGGACUUGUUGCGCCACCCAGACACCUUCAGGCCCAUGCGCUUGCUGAACACCCUCCUUCUCUCCGGGAACAACCUGCAGCAGCUGGGGAAAGGGCUCUUCCAGCACUUGUCGAGCUUGGCCAAGCUGUCGCUGAGCGGCAACCGCUUGGCGGUGCUGGCACCGGAGGCCUUCGCUGGCCUGGGGGCCCUCAAGGAGUUGCGUCUCGAGAGGAACCUGCUGAGUCAGCUGCCCGCCCCCUUGCUGCAGCCCCUGCAUAGUCUAGAGGUGCUGGACCUGAGCCACAACCUGCUGGUUGUCCUUCACCCUGGUGCCUUUGGCCACCUGCAUAAGCUGCGGGAGCUCAGCUUGCAGGAGAAUGUGCUGGCCACGGUGCCCGGAGACCUCUUUGCCUCCAGCCCUGCUCUCUACCGCUUGGAGCUUGACGGGAACCCCUGGAGCUGCGAUUGUUGCCUGCGAGGCUUGAAGCACUGGCUGGGCUCCUGGCAUUCCCAGGGACGGCUCCUCACGGUGUUUGUGCAGUGCCGCCAGCCCCCUGCUCUGGCUGGGAAGUACCUCGAUUACCUGGAGGACGCACAGCUGCUUCCUCCAGUCAAUGGCUCUUGCUCCACAGUGGUGUCCUCUCCUUCUCCUCUGGGGAGAAGCAACAGCAGCAUGAACCCCCCAGGGCUCGGGCAAGAGAAGCUAAGCUCCCUGCCCUCCACCUCAGCCAUGCAGCUAGUGGGCUCCCAGAAGAUGCUAGCUGUACUGCCUGAGAGAGGGAGAUGGGCAGCCGACACAAGCCCCACAACCUCAGUACCCAUCUUGCUGGUCAGCACCAGGCCAGCUGCUUUCCCUGGACCUGCUUGGCCUCGGCGGGCAGGGAAGCACCACUUGGUCUCCUCCGUGUCUGGCACUCCCCCGCUGGUCACUGAUCCCUGUGAGUUCAACAAGCUGUUUCUGCACAACCUGUCAGUGGAGGCAGUUGGCACGGGCACCGUGACAGUGCGCUGGGCGGUCCGGCAGCAUCGCAGCCCUCGCUUGCUGGGUCCUGUGCGCUUCCGGAUCCUCUUCGAUCGCUUCGGAGCUGCCGUCAAGUUUCAGCGCUUCAUUUACCUCCCGGAAUGGAGCGAGCCAGUGGCCACCCUGCAGGAGCUGCGCCCUGACACCCCCUACCUGGUUUGUGUGGAGGCUGUGAUCGGAGGCCGCGUCUGCCCAGUAGCACCCCGGGACCAUUGCGCAGGGCUGGUCACCUUGCCGGAGGAGGGGGCGGGUGGAGCUGCUGCAGUGGCUGGGGGUGCCCAGAGCUUGGACCAGCAGCUCCUUGUCCUGGUGCUGCUGGCGGUCAAUGCCCUGCUGCUCUUUCUGGCCCUGGCGGCUUGGGCCUCCCGCCUCGUACGGAAGAAGGUCCUGGGGUGCCGGCGUCGGAAGGCGGCUUCGCCAGUACACGUGCGGCAGAUGUAUUCGACUCGCCGGCCCCUCCGCUCCAUGGGCACAGGGGUCUCUGCUGACUUUUCGGGCUUCCAGUCCCACCGCCCACCCCGGAGCACCGUCUGUGCCUUGAGUGAGGCUGACCUGAUUGAGUUUCCUUGCGAGCGCUUCAUGGACAGUGGGGCAGGGGGGAGCAGCAGCGCCCGGCGUGGCGAGGAUCACCUGUUGCAGCGGUUUGCAGACUAGAGGCAAGGCCUAAAUCAAGCAGAGAGUGGUGAAGGUGCCUGAAUCACACGGUGCAUCCUGACAAGGUGGUUUAGCAAAGUCUGCCGAGUCUUGCUUGGCUUGGCUGUCUGCAGGCCUGCAGCUGUACAAAAAUGGUGCCUUGUCAGACACAUGGCGGAUGCCUCUAAAAUAAGGUAUGCUAAAAGAAGAAACAAACCAGUCAGUAAGGCUGCCCUGAAAUUACAGAUGGCUGCACAGGCUUGUGUGAUGAUACGUUCUCAUUUGGGGACCAAACCAAGUUACAGCAGGAUUCUGCCACUUUUUUUCAAAGUACUACCACUACUUCUUAGUAUAGGCAAGAGGCCAUUCAUGAACAACUACCAGUAUUAGAAAGCUUCCUUUGGGGCAGGUUUUAUACUUGUCCAGGCAUCAGUUGCCACACUGUCUAUUUAAAAACAAAAACACUGUAACCUGUGGAUCUAUCUCUGUACGAAUCCUUGUUCCUGGCCAGGGAAAGAACUAUGAUUAAGAGGAGCUAAGCAAAAAAGCUAGUCUGCAUCAGCCUUUCCCAACUGGUGGUCCCCAGGUCUUCUGGAGAGCAUUUCCCAGCCAUGCAGACUGUUGGCCUUGCUGUCUGGGGUUGGUGGGAGUCUAAAAGAUCUGCAGGGCAUCAGGCUGGGAAAGCUGGCCUGCAGGAACCCUUUCAGGAGGACUGGUUUAUGUGCCUCUUGGCCCUUUAACCUGUCUCUUUUGUCAUGUACUAUUCUAAGUACUAUUAUGUAUACCAGUUAGUGCAAGAUCAGGUCCUAGGGCUUCUGCGCAGGACAGUCAUUUUGCUUUAUUCCUGCUUGCACAGAAGACUUCUUACCUGUACCAGCACUCCAGGUAGAAGCAGUAACAUAAAUGGGCCUCACCCUUCAUGCCGCCUAAACAUGUGCGGCCCACGUCUGUCACUGCUGCCAUCACCAGGGAUACGCUGGCAUUGCUGGGCAUUAGUUGCAUAUAUUGGAACAACACAGAAAGCAGGGAGUAUUAACACGUUAUUCUUUCUGCAUGGAAGGCUGCUCUCAUGUAGGGGUAGCAUUGUCUAAACUGGUCCUGAGUGGAUGCAGAACGAAAGCCUUCGUGUCUGAUCUGCAGGCUGUUAAAAUCAAAAGCAUUUCAUAGAGUGACUUCAAUCAUCUUCGCCUCAGUCUUUAUUUAAGAUGAGCCAGUCUUACCACUCUUUUGUCAGAUAAUGUGAACAAAAUUUACAAUUGUGGCACAUGAACUGUUCUUGAGUUUUUAAUAUUAAACACAGAUUCUAAACAUUCAUCAAUUGGAUUCUAGUCUUUGACUAAAACAUUUCUUGUUCCAAGAGGUGCCUUGAAAAUGAAUGUUAACAUAUAAGUAAUUUGAAGAAGUUAGAAUGGUGCUUUCUAUACUGACCAGGGCUUUUUUUAAUUAAAAGAAUGUGAGAUAUUUUAAUGUGUGUUUAUAUAAGUAUGCAAAAAAUGAUGCAAUUAGUGUUGGUUUUGAAAAAUUGAAUUGCUGACACCACUAGGGAAAACAACUAACCCAAGUUUAUUAUAAUUUGUUUAGAAUGAAUUAUUUUUACAAUGGUCUUGAAUAAAUACUUUUUGGUACUUACACA